UCUCUCUCCUCGUCUGCGCGACUCGCCCAUCCGAUCGCCGCCUCAAUCUGGGAAGAAGAAGACAUGGACGAAGGGACGUCGAAGCCGCGGUUGUGCCUGACGGAGAAGGAACAGCUUGCGGCUCGCAAAUUGAGCAGGCUCUCGCAGAUGCUCCUCCAGUUGCAACACCGCCGCUGCCGCCGCACCACCUACGUCUUCCCCGAAUACCUUCGCUGGGGCGAGUGGCGGAGCCGCUCCAUCCCUGACGGUCCACCCUCUUCCGUCCCUCCUCCUCCGCCACCUCUACCUCCGAUCAUUGUCCCUCCGCAGGGCCGGGCCUCAGACGGCGGCCAGAGGAAGUUAAGCAACCCCUUGAGGGCGGGGAGCGGCGGCAAGGACGACGCCAUGCCGAGCUCGUCGGCGGCACUGCCUGCGGUCAAUCGGGUCAACAAGCGACCCGAGUCGGUGCUGAAUCACCGCCGAGAAUUCGCGUCGCUCGACGACGGAGCUCAUCUCAAGAGAAAUAUCGAGGAGCAUAGCAAUCAAUUGAGAGCAAGGAAUUAUGUUCUCAGACAAGUGGAGGAGGUGAUGUUUUCUUUCUUUUUGGUUUCUUUUUGGGUCCUUUUUUCCCAUUUACUUGAAAUCUUUGCGGGACCGAUCUUGUAGCAAAAACUUGUCAUCGCGGCGAAGGUUUGGCCGGCUGCCGCCAUUGGAUGUAGUCCAACACGGAACCGCCACCGCCGGCGCCAGCGUCAACCACCCGGGUUGGCCCUAAUCCCCGCGGAUCCCAAGCUCGCAUUCUUUCCGUUGGAAAAUCACCAGGAACUGGACGGCCAGUGCGCCACGGAACGGGCGCCAAGCUCCCGGGCCAUGCUGGAUCUGAACGCGCCACCGAAGACGGAGGAGGAGACAGAGGAAGAGGGAGAGGAUCAGGUGUCGGCGGCAGCGGCGGGACGAGAGAAGAGCGUGUAGAAAACAGAAACGAAUACGGUGGUGCGGACACGGCGGUUCGUUAUGUAGAUUACAUGCCCUAAUCGUAAGCAUUAU